AUGGAUAGUUGGUGUUCUGGACUGCUACUGUACUAUAAUGUGGAGCUUUCCAAAUCAAGGAUUGUCAGGAGGGCUUCUAGACAUGCUUUGAGAGGAGUUAUAAUCAAAAGCUCAUUAUCUUUGCAGAUUACUUUGACGUGGAAAUCUGAGCCACAGACAGUGCUUAUCAUCACAAAACCAAAUUCGACUCUUGUUCAAGAUCUAUGUGUGGAUAUAGUCAGUUGGUUUUACAUGCUCAAGAAGAAAAUUUACGUGGAACCACGCGUGCGAGAGGAGCUUCUCAGUAUAUCGUCUUCCUUCGAGUUUGUGAAAAUAUGGCAAGAUGACUUGCAGGAGAAAGUUGACCUUCUGAUCACUCUUGGUGGGGAUGGAACUGUCCUUUGGGCAGCAUCACUGUUCCAAGGACCAGUGCCUCCUCUUGUCUCCUUUGCUCUAGGGUCCUUGGGCUUUAUGACCCCUUUCAGCAGGGAUGGCUAUAAAAAACAACUUGAAUCGAUUAUUAAAUGUCCCAUCAGGAUAACAUUGCGGCAUCGGUUGCAGUGUCAAAUUGUCGGGGAUUCGGCUGAAGAGGAAAAUGCAGCAGAAAAACCGAUAUUAGUUUUAAAUGAAGUUACAAUUGAUCGGGGGCAGUCACCCUACCUCACAAAUUUGGAGUGUUAUUUGGACGGCGAACAUGUCACUUCCGUACAAGGGGAUGGACUAAUCUUGUCAACUACAUCUGGAAGCACUGCCUAUUCAGUAGCAGCCGGAGGAUCAAUGGUCCAUCCACAGGUUCCCGGCAUACUAUUGACGCCAAUAUGUCCUCAUUCCUUAUCCUUUAGGCCAUUGAUGUUACCCGAACAUGUCACUAUAUGGGUAGAAGUGCCUGCCAGCAGCCGAAGUUCCGCCUGGGUAUCAUUCGACGGCAAGAACAGGAAAGAGUUUAAAACCGGGGACAAGCUCAUCUGUAGCAUGGCUCCAUGGCCCGUCCCUACUGUUUGCCUGAAGGGUUCCACCAGGGACUUCUUGUGCAGCAUCCUGGAAGGCCUCAAUUGGAAUCAGAGAAAGACUCAGUCAUCUGAUGGUCCCCCACAACCACAACCGUGAGCAUUGCUUCCCCCACCACUGUAUUGUGUUUAGGUGUUGGCCAACCAGAUCAAGCCAUGUUAGUUGAAUAAGAAAAUGAUUCCUGUGAAAAGGAACAUCUACUGGUUCCCAGUUGUAGAUUGUCUAAAGCUGUUGCAACACUCUUACUCGGGGUUGUCGCCUGAAGUGAGGGGGAGCGCCUUAACAGCGGCAAGAUGUUUAAAAUAGUGAAGUAGUAAGCGUGCGUGCCUGAUGUAUUUCCUCACAACGUUUGAAAGCUGCUGGAU